CUUUUGUUUAUCUGUCAAAUUAUCUGAAUUAAAAUGGACGGACUGCUAAUAUUUGAUCAACAAAAUGAUGUUAUUUACACCAAGUUUAACGAACAAAUGAAAACCAAAUUGCAUGAACUCGCCCUCGAACAGGAACUGGUCGAAACGGAUGCGGUGGAGAAGGACUUUCUCAAUCCGAAUGUCUUGAUCCAAAUAUUUAGUCCUAUCAUUGCGUCGCAAAGGAUCAUGACAUGUCAAUUCGAUAAUUCGUAUUCAUCUUUGGAGUGUGAUGGUAACAUCAAUUUUGUGUUUGAAGAGUUUCUUGGGUUUGUUUUUCUGAAAAUUGGAAUGAAUUCCAUCAAAGAUCUUCAGCGUUCGGUGGGAGUUUGUUCGUGUUUCAUUAAACGAAUCUGUGGACCGGAUAUUUACCUACUAAAAACCAUGCCACAUAAAUCGGAAAUGCUAACUAAACUAUUGUUGACUUGGGAUAGAUUAUAUGAAACUGAUCAAGCUGUACGAAUGGAAUCAGUUGAACAUCUAUUGGUGAAUCUCGAUUUGAAAAACAUUGCUCAGAAAACGUUGGAAAUUGCGACGGAAAAUUUGAAACAAGAUCCACAUUCGCAGCGAAGUCAUGCAUGUCUGUUUGUAAGGAACAAAUUUUUUUCCAUGUUCUCGAGCAAACAGGCCCAAGAACUAUCUCCCAGUGAUAUCCUAUUCAUCACAAUAUUUAUCCAAAGUCUGGAGUCGUUGGAAAAGAAAAUUUCCACGAAUCUCUUAUUCCUUCAAGGAAAUGUGAACGGAUCGUAUGCCGGUUGCAUUCCUCACAUAGUUCACGUGUCUCAGCUGGAUAACGACAUCAUUUUGGUGCUGUUGAUCGAAUAUGGCAAUUUGCAAGUGGCGAGUGGCUUGUACGAUGCAUUCUUUGCCAUGCACAAAACACGGAAUUUACAGAUGCAAAACGAUGUGGACGGACUGCGACCGGCAUUUGACAAAUUAGAAUCUAGUGUUAAGCAUGUCGUCGAAGCAUUGAAAAAGGCCAAAUUUAACAGUACCGACAUCGACAAUUCAACGAAGAAAUUCGUUAGCCGCUGGGACGUUUUGAAGAAGAAGUACAUCGAUCUGUUCAAGAAUUGUGAUAAGGAUUUGGUGGUCACUAUCGAAUCGAAUUUGCCCGGAUUUGUGGAAGCGUUGAAGGAAUUAUUUCGAGUUACCUGCAUCGAAUGCAAUUCUCGUGAGCACGGUAUUCAAAGAGUAUCGGAAAUUUCGUCGAUGGUGGAAGGAAGACUUUUAGAGUUUGGCGAGUUUUUGCUGGUCAAAUCUCAACAAAAUUUCACCUUGGGAUCAUAUUUAGAGGAAUUCCCUGGGCUAGUUCACUUUAUACAUAUCGACAGAUCAACCGGCCGCUUGAUCGCUCCAAACAUUGCCGCAGAUAAUCCUUUGAUUACAGCAAACAAGAUCUGGUCAAUGGUCGACUUCUCACGAUCUUAUCUGCAAAAGGGACACAUGUCGGUCAUCUGGAAGGACACAGCAUUCAGCUAUUCGUAUUUUCUUUGGUUCGAAGACCACAACGGAUGUCCGAUGAAACCGAAAGAGCUUCCAAACACAUCGGUACAGACAACCAUUAAACCACAAGUAGUUCCGGGUAUUUUGUCGGGUGAAUUUUACCAGUGGCUAAUUGAAGUCUGUUUCCCGAAACAAAGUAAAGUCAAAUGCUUCGAACUGUAUUGCGUUCAUUUGGGUCUAGCUAGUGCUAGCUGUGUGUUAGAGCAUAAUAGACGGUUGGCAGCUACAAUCACCGAAGUGACUGGGCUACCAGCUGGAAUAAUCGACGUUCUAUAGAGAAUAUGUACAAAAAACACUUUACCCUGUAGUGAUAUCAAUAAUCUUCUGUUUUUUUGUAUAUCUUACACGGUUCUGGACCAGUACAACCGAACUAUAUCAUGAACUUGUGUACAAAGAUUUUAAAACAACCAAAUGGAAACUUUUUAAAAGUGUUGAGAGUGUAUGCUAUGCACACAAAUUACGAGCAUAAAUAAAGUAAAUUAUUUGAACAUAAUGUGGUUUAUGUUGUGUAGCAGUUGUUGUCGACUUAAAGUCG